AUGCCUAUAAGGUAUUCUUACACGGAGAUUAAGAAGAUGACAGGGGGGUUUAAGGAGAUGUUAGGAAAAGGAGGCUUCGGUGCAGUAUAUAAAGGAAAGCUCCGUAGUGGUCAUUUUGCUGCUGUAAAAAUGUUAGUGAACUCGAAAGGUAACGGAGAAGAUUUCAUUAGCGAAGUUGCAACCAUUGAAAGAAUUCAUCAUGUUAAUGUGGUGCAACUGAUUGGUUUUUGUGUGGAGGGGUGUAAGCGUGCUCUUGUGUAUGAGUUCAUGCCAAAGGGCUCUCUUGAUAAAUAUUUGUUGUCUCAAGAAGGAUUGACCUCGACAAUGACUUGGGAGGAAAUGU